CAUCUGCAUCUCUCGGAUCAACUCUAGUUCCCGUAGAUAUUAUGGGGUGUCUAUGUCCACUAAAGGUCGCCCUGCAGGAGAAAUCCUGGUUGCUUCGUCCUGCUUUAGUUUUUGGCAUAGACUUGUAUCUGAUGCUGUAAUGACAUAUUAUCCAGAUAAACAGAAAAAGUCAUACUUUAGCAGAAACAUCAAGAUACCCACUGACAUCAAAUGUGAGGCUUUCAAUAUCAGUGAGGGAAGACCAAUGGAUCCUUGCACAUCUUGCAGUGAUUUGUUUGGUUUGGACACAAAUGAAUGCCGGCGUUGGGCACAUGGCAGCUGUGCUGAGGUUGAGAGUCUGAGCAAUUUAUUUAAGGGGGAACAACUUGUUAUGGAGGGACUAGGACCAGAUGAAAAUGAACAAGAAGACAGGCUGAGAGCUGAAAGGAGGGUUAUAAAUCAUCUUAAAAACCAACUGAAGAUUUUUAAAGAUUUUAAUUGGGAUGGUAAAUUCUACUCUAACCUGAACCCAAACACAAACUAAUUCUAGUAAAACUCAGUUGUUGGGUUAAUGUUGGUGCCUGAUAAUAUUUGGGCCUUCCAGAAGGUUUAGGGUUAAAGUCUCAUUCAGAGAGACUCGGAGGUCUCACGUUCAGAUUUAGAGAAGGUGCGCCGUGUCUUCAUCUGGAACAGUUUUCUGUCUUAUUCAAAAGGCUGCUGCCAGAGUUUAGACCAGAACCAGAACUGGUGACCAUAUAAUUCCUGCUCUCGGGUUCAUGUGGUGACAAACAGUUGGGUUUAGAAUUGACUUUAAAGCACUGCUGAUGGUUUUAUAUGACCUAAAGAACUGUUUUGGUGGUUUACAAACAGUCUAGAAAACAUAAAAUGUUGUUUACCAUGUAUUCUUUAUUAUUUACUUUAAAUUAGUUUAAUGGUUUACUUGUUUUAUAGUUUUUCACUCAUGUGUCUGUUAAGUGCUUAGUCUUUUCUACACAUUUUCUUGCUGUAGUUGUUUCUUUAAAAUCAUCAAAUCAAUCUGUUUUGAUAGUUUUAUAUGACCCAAAGAGCUGUUUUGGUGGUUUACAAACAAUCUAGAAAAGUUCUUUAAACAAAAAACGUUGUUUACCAUUUAUUCUUUAUUAUUUACUUUAAAUGAAUUCAAUGGUUUACUUGUUUUAUAGUUUUUCACUCAUGUAUCAGUUAAGUGCCAAAUCAUUUUCUUGCUGUAGUUGAUUCAGUAAAAUCAUCAAAUCAAUUUGUUUUGAUCCAUUUAUAGUUUUUCAAAUGAUCUGUAAAAUGUGUGAAAUAAAUGAUUGA